AUGAGAUGGCGACGCGCCCCGCGCCGCUCCGAGAGGACCGGACCCCGGGCCCCGCGCCCCGGCCCUGCCGCCCGCUCGCCGCCGCCGCCGCCGCUGCUGCUGCUGCUGCUGCUGUGGACCGCGGCCCUGGCGCCGGGGGCGGCCGCCGGCGACGAGGCGGCUCCCGCGGGGGCCUCGGUGUGCUACGCGUCCCCGCCCAGCGUGGGCUCGGUGCAGGAGCUGGCUCAGCGCGCCGCGGUGGUGAUAGAGGGAAAGGUGCACGCGCCGCGGCGGCAGCAGGGGGCACUCGACAGGAAGGCAGCGGCGGCGGCGGCGGCGGGCGAGGCAGGGGCGUGGGGAGGCGAGCGCCAGCCGUCAGCCGCCGGCCCGGGAGCGCUGCCCGCCGCCAACCGGACCGUGCACCCGUGGCCCACGGGCCCCGCGCGCAGCGCCGCCGAGCCCGGAGACGAGGCGCCGUAUCUGGUGAAGGUGCACCAGGUGUGGGCGGUGAAAGCCGGGGGCUUGAAGAAGGACUCACUGCUCACCGUGCGCCUGGGCGCCUGGGGCCACCCCGCGUUCCCCUCCUGCGGGCGGCUCAAGGAGGACAGCAGGUAUAUCUUCUUCAUGGAGCCCGAUGCCAACAGCAGCGGCCGUGCGCCUGCCGCCUUCCGAGCAUCCUUCCCCCCUCUCGAGACGGGCCGGAACCUCAAGAAGGAAGUCAGCCGGGUGCUGUGCAAGCGGUGCGCCUUGCCUCCCCGAUUGAAAGAGAUGAAAAGUCAGGAGUCUGCAGCAGGUUCAAAACUCGUGCUUCGGUGCGAGACCAGUUCUGAAUAUUCCUCUCUCAAAUUCAGAUGGUUCAAGAAUGGGAAUGAAUUAAACCGAAAGAACAAACCACAAAACAUCAAGAUACAAAAAAGGCCAGGGAAGUCAGAACUUCGCAUUAACAAAGCAUCACUGGCUGAUUCUGGAGAAUAUAUGUGCAAAGUGAUCAGCAAAUUAGGAAACGACAGUGCUUCUGCCAAUAUCACCAUUGUGGAUGCAAAUGAGAUCAUCACUGGCAUGCCAGCCUCAACUGAGACAGCGUAUGUGUCUUCAGAGUCUCCCAUUAGAAUAUCAGUAUCAACAGAAGGAGCAAAUACUUCUUCAUCCACAUCUACAUCUACCACUGGGACAAGCCAUCUUGUCAAGUGUGCAGAGAAGGAGAAAACUUUCUGUGUGAAUGGAGGCGAGUGCUUCAUGGUGAAAGACCUUUCAAACCCCUCAAGAUACUUGUGCAAGUGCCCAAAUGAGUUUACUGGUGAUCGCUGCCAAAACUACGUAAUGGCCAGCUUCUACAAGCAUCUUGGGAUUGAAUUUAUGGAAGCGGAGGAGCUCUACCAGAAGAGAGUACUCACCAUCACCGGCAUCUGCAUUGCGCUGCUUGUGGUCGGCAUCAUGUGUGUGGUGGCCUACUGCAAAACCAAGAAGCAACGGAAAAAGCUUCAUGACCGGCUUCGGCAGAGUCUUCGCUCUGAACGAAACAACAUGGUGAACAUAGCCAACGGGCCCCAUCACCCCAAUCCACCCCCCGAGAACGUGCAGCUGGUGAAUCAAUACGUAUCUAAAAAUGUCAUCUCCAGCGAGCAUAUUGUCGAGAGAGAGGCGGAGACGUCUUUUUCCACCAGUCACUACACUUCGACAGCUCAUCACUCCACUACUGUCACCCAGACUCCCAGUCACAGCUGGAGCAACGGACACACUGAAAGCAUCAUUUCAGAAAGCCACUCUGUCAUCGUGAUGUCAUCUGUAGAAAACAGUAGGCACAGCAGCCCUACUGGGGGCCCAAGAGGACGUCUUAAUGGCUUGGGAGGCCCUCGCGAGUGUAACAGCUUCCUCAGGCAUGCCAGAGAAACCCCUGACUCCUACCGAGAUUCUCCUCAUAGUGAAAGGUAUGUAUCAGCAAUGACCACCCCGGCUCGUAUGUCGCCUGUAGAUUUCCACACGCCAAGCUCCCCCAAGUCGCCCCCUUCGGAAAUGUCUCCACCCGUGUCCAGCACGACGGUGUCCAUGCCCUCCAUGGCAGUCAGUCCCUUCGUGGAAGAAGAGAGACCCCUGCUUCUUGUGACGCCGCCAUGGCUGCGGGAGAGGGAUGUCCAGCACGUUCAGCAGCUCAACUCCUUCCACUGCAACCCUGCGCACGAGAGCCGCAGCCCACCCCCUAGCCCCUUGAGGAUAGUGGAGGAUGAAGAGUAUGAAACGACCCAGGAGUAUGAACUGACUCAAGAGUCGGUUAAGAAACUCACCAACAGCCGGCGGGCUAAAAGAACCAAGCCCAAUGGUCAUAUUGCCCACAGAUUGGAAAUGGACAGCAACACAAGCGCUGAGAGCAGUAACUCAGAGAGUGAAACAGAGGAUGAAAGAGUAGGAGAAGAUACACCUUUCCUGGGCAUACAGAACCCCCUGGCAGCCAAUGUUGAGGCAGCCCCUGCCUUCCACCUGGCUGACAGCAGGACUAACCCAGCAGGCCGCUUCUCUCCGCAGGAAGAAUUGCAGGCCAGGCUGUCCGGUGUAAUCGCUAACCAAGACCCUAUUGCUGUAUAAAACCGAAAUAAACCCAUAGAUUCACCUGUAAAACUUUAUUUUAUAUAAUAAAGUAUUCCACCUUAAAUUAAACAAUUUAUUUUAUUUUAGCAGUCCUGCAAAUAGAAAACAGGAAAAAAAAUCUUUUAUAAAUUAAAUAUAUGUAUGUA